GUCAGCAGCAAUCAGCGGUAGCUACAGGCUGUGCGGUCAGUCGGAAGAAAUACGACGAGAUGGUCAUCACCAGGGAAUACCGUGUGGUUUUACCCUGUAGUGUUGAGGAGUAUCAAGUGGGUCAGUUGUUCUCGGUAGCAGAAGCAAGUAAAAAUGAGACAGGCGGUGGUGAGGGGAUUGAGGUACUCAAGAAUGAGCCAUAUGAGAGAGAUGGUGAAAAAGGACAGUAUACACACAAAAUCUACCAUCUGAAAAGUAAAGUUCCAGGGUUUGUUAGGUUGUUGGCACCAGAAGGUGCCUUUGUAUUUCAUGAAAAAGCUUGGAACGCGUACCCCUACUGCAAAACUAGUGAGUCCUGUUUGCAUAGUUGACAUUUCCUUUAUACUUUCCACCAUUUUCUGAAUGAUUAUCUUUACUCACUGUGUUUGAAUAUAUUUCAUAACUAACAUGUUUUUCUUUUGCCUCCUUAUGACUGUGCUUUAUCAGUUGUGACGAAUGAGUAUAUGGAAGACAAUUUCUUCAUCAAGAUUGAGACGUGGCAUAAACCGGACCUUGGAACACAAGAAAAUGUGCACAACGUAGACCGUUCAUCAUGGAAGGAAGUUACGAUUGUGCCUGUUGACAUUGCAGAUAGAAGCCAAGUUUCCUCUGCUGAUUACAAGACAGAUGAGGACCCCGCCAUAUUCAAGUCAGUUAAGACCGGAAGAGGACCACUUGGGCCUCACUGGAAGAAAGAGCUGGUUUCCAAAACUGACUGCCCGAGAAUGUGUGCCUACAAACUGGUCACAGUCAAGUUUAAAUGGUGGGGCCUGCAGGGUAAAGUGGAAAGCUUCAUCCAUGAGCAAGAGAAGAGGAUUUUCACAAACUUCCACCGUCAACUUUUCUGCUGGAUUGACAAGUGGGUGGACCUAACAAUGGAUGAUAUUCGGCGGAUGGAGGCAGAAACCCAGAAGGAGCUGGAUGAGCUCCGCAGCAAAGGUGAAGUAAGAGGAACGAGUGCUGCCGAAGAAUAAAGCAACACAAGUAUUUUAGAUGGCCACAAUGGCGGCUGCUAAUAGGGCUUCUUCUGUGGCACUUUUUACCCUUAUCACUUUCGAGAUGGGGACCUGUAAUCAAUAGAGCAGAUCCCCAUCCUGUACCCAAUCAUAGGCCAUCUAUCAUCUGAGGAUGAGGAAUUGAUUACUAGAAACCACCACCAUCUUCACUGACUUCAUUUAGAUUUCUCUGCCUUCUGGAUGGAUAUGAAAACAAAUGUUUUGAUCAAAAUACAUUUCACAGAAGUAAACUGAUCUGCUAGAACUGCUAUUGGCAGAUGCUGGACCAAAUAUUUUCAUUGUGUUACCUUGGCUCUUUUGGGGUUUUUACCCCCAAAACAUUCCACCUAAGAUGAUGCCAAGUGCUAUCUCACUCACGGUUUUAACUCGACACACUGGCUCAACGCUAUGCAUUCCUCGGUGUUUGUGUGUCAUACUCGUGUUCCUUCCUGUUGCUCCACGGCAACCAUUAAGAGAUUACUAACACCCUUUUCACCUCAGCCCAUUGUAAUCCUUCCAUCAUCAGCCUACCUAACCAAAAGCACUGCAUCUUAUUAACACUGACAAUCAUGCCUGUGCAGGUCUUCAUACUCACUCUAUACACACACACACGCACGCACACAUGCAAAUGACACAUCUAAAACAGGCUUAAACAGACAUGCACACACUCACAGGUGCAAAUACCUUUGCAGUGACUGAACCUCUCAGAAGAACCUGGGCAGAUACUUGCAUGCUUGAUCAGCCAGGCAAUGUUAAUUUGGAUGUUUAUUCCCUUCAUUCCCAUUUCCCCAACACAUUCACGCUUCGCAUACAACGUGGCAUUCACUAUCGUGCUUGUCCUAAGGGGAAUGGUGCUACUCCCCUUAGCUUCCUUUGUCUUGCCCAUCUUACUCAGUCCAUCUUAGCACCUCACCCAGUCCGUCCCAGAAGCCUCAUUCAGCUGGCCGAGCAGACGGUGUCCAAUCAGCCUGGUGUGUUUACCUGAGUGUUUUAUCAAUUUCACCUGCAGCUUGCCUUAACCGCUGAACCUUUCGGACCUAUCAACUACUGUAACGCUGCAACCAAUUGCUCUCUUUAGCUACCUCGCUUGUUCGUGACUGACACCUGAAGGUUAGCACUUGCUGUUGCUGUAGCAGCUACUUGUUGGGAGUCAGUAAUUGCAGGGCUACAUGAUUAUUUGUGCUGUUACUUUUCCUCCAAUGUAAUUUGAUUUCAUGUUACGUGUUUUGUGAAUUACUUCUCUCAAGGGCCACCAACUAUUUGAUGGGCAUGCCAUAUUAAUGAGCCCUGAGUUUCAAUUCCACGCGCACUUUCAGUACAAGGCUGUCAUUUUGAUUCUUUAGUAGUAUUACAUACAUGUGCUGUUCACGCGGUUCACUCCUUUCACAAGUGAUUCUUCUCCACCGUUUAUUUUUGUGUAAUCAUGAGAACCAUAAGACAUUUCUUUUGUAUUUGUCCUACAGAUCCAAAGUGCCAAUUCAAUUGUUUACAUGUAUUCAGCAAUUGUGAUCUGGUAAAAUAGGACAGAGAGUGAACAUUGUAACCUUUCGGAUAUUGUUGGCCCCAUCGAUUUCUUUUUUCCACCUGUGUUAAUUGGUAAUGAAGUAUUAUAUUUUCAGGUGCGAAGUGAUUGUUGGGAUAGCUUGUGCUACAAAUUAAAGGUGAUUUUGUCCUUUAGAUGAUCCAGAAAUGUUUCAGAAAAACCCUCCAUGUAAACUGUACAGAACAUUUACAUGUCUAGAUCGGUGACUCCUGCAUGUCUGACAUAACCCGCUGGCUCAAAAGUAUAUCAACAAUUCAGCUCAACUGUCAGGAUGGAAAUCUGAUCGAGGUGGAAAGAUUGCGUUCUUGCAUCAACUAUACUCUCCUGUCCUGAAUGAUAAAAUCUACAACUGUUAAAGAAUUCAAAACACUUUCCUUUAAAUGUUUUUGAUUUUGAUAAUCAGGGGAACAUUGUAAUGAAUGUAUAAAUGUGCCUUUUCUGCCUUUUAGAUUCUGAAGUGUGACAUUACGUAUACAUAUCUUAUCUAAAUAUUAAAUAAAUUUUGAGAA